AUGGCUCAUACACCAGAUUCCUCCGUUAAUCCCAGAGAUGUUUGCAUCGUGGGUGUUGCACGCACCCCCAUGGGUGGUUUUCUCGGAUCUCUCUCUUCCUUACCUGCCACAAAGCUUGGAUCCAUAGCUAUUGCAGCUGCUCUCAAGAGGGCAAAUCUUGACCCUUCUCUCGUACAGGAAGUUAUCUUUGGCAAUGUUCUUAGUGCAAAUCUCGGUCAGGCUCCUGCUCGCCAGGCUGCUUUAGGGGCAGGAAUCCCUAGCUCCGUUAUCUGUACCACUGUCAACAAGGUUUGUGCAUCAGGCAUGAAAGCGGUAAUGCUUGCUGCUCAAAGUAUCCAGUUGGGGAUCAAUGAUGUAGUCGUCGCAGGUGGCAUGGAAAGCAUGUCUAAUACACCAAAAUAUCUGGCAGAAGCAAGGAAAGGAUCUCGAUUCGGUCAUGAUUCUCUAGUAGAUGGAAUGCUAAAGGAUGGCCUAUGGGAUGUCUAUAGCGACUGUGGGAUGGGAAGUUGUGCAGAAUUGUGCGCUGAGAAAUAUGAGAUAACGAGGGAGCAGCAAGAUGACUAUGCCGUCCAGAGUUUUGACCGUGGUAUUGCUGCCCAGGAAGCUGGUGCCUUCACAUGGGAAAUUGUCCCGGUUGAAGUCUCUGGAGGAAGGGGCAGGCCAUCAACCAUUGUUGACAAGGACGAAGGUCUUGGGAAGUUUGAUGCUGCAAAAUUGAGGAAACUCCGCCCGAGUUUCAAGGAGAAUGGAGGCACUGUUACAGCUGGAAAUGCGUCUAGCAUAAGUGAUGGUGCAGCUGCUCUUGUCCUGGUGAGCGGAGAGAAGGCGCUUCAGCUAGGACUUCAAGUAUUCGCAAAAGUUAAAGGGUAUGGUGAUGCAGCUCAGGAACCGGAGUUUUUCACUACUGCUCCUGCUCUUGCAAUACCAAAAGCUAUUGCACAUGCUGGUCUGGAAUCUUCUCAAGUUGAUUACUAUGAGAUCAAUGAAGCAUUUGCAGUUGUAGCACUUGCAAAUCAAAAGCUACUUGGGAUAGUUCCGGAGAAGGUGAACGUAAAUGGGGGAGCUGUCUCCUUAGGUCAUCCUCUAGGCUGCAGUGGAGCCCGUAUUCUGAUUACAUUGCUUGGGAUACUAAGGAAGAGAAGUGGCAAGUACGGUGUGGGUGGAGUGUGCAAUGGAGGAGGAGGUGCUUCUGCUCUUGUUCUUGAACUCGUUUGA